AGACCGACAGUAACUCAUCAAAAGAGGAACAUAGAUUUUCUUCUUCUACGGAGUUUACUGCCGUUGGACGCAUCAACUACUUCAUCAAACCACCUUCUCUGCUUAGAUCCAAUCCUCCGCCAUUGUUUCUCUGUUGAUUUCAUUCACUGAGUCACAGAUGGAAAACACUACAGCCACUGAAAGAGAAGAGUAAACUGCUCCCACAAAUUUUACCUCUUAACAAUGGGCUAGCUUAUGGUCCUGCGUGACAAAUUUCAUGAACAAGUAUGCAGUGGAGUUGCAGAGAAAUUGAGCUGCAACAAGAUCUUGUACUUUCAGAGCUUGAUAGAUGGCUCACUCAAAUAGCUAGCUGAUAAUAAGAGAUCCAUCUACAUUUUUAUCGUCACCAAAUUUCUCAUCUUUCUGGACUCUGGAGACAUCAACUAUUGUUGUUGGAUAUAGUUAGUGCAGUCAGAUAGCUAACUUUUCACAUAAAAAUUACAGGCUGGAGGGCUGGAUUCCUUAAAGCAUAAUCAGAAUGGAUAUUAGAAAUUCCAAAAUUUAAUGCAUCUUUACUGUCAACAGAAUGAAGAGAUGGUCUGGUGGUGUUCUGAUUGCAAUCUUGUUUAUGCUUCUGAUCCUUAGAUAUGUUCUCAUGAAAAAUCCCAUUGGAGAAAAUUAUUUGAUGAAUGCUUUAUCCAAUGGAAGUAAUCCACUUGAAUGGGUGCAAUCUACGCUUCCACCAGCAUAUAAAAAUACAGAGAAUUCUACUCAAGUAAUUUCUACUGAUACCAUAAUAUUCAGUUUGUUUGCUCAGAGGAAUAUUUCCAAGGAAGAGCAAGAAUCUCUGCGCACAUGGAAUCUACUGAAACACUUGAUUGAUCAAGCUCAGGCUUUACCCAGUGGACUAGAGGCUAUUAAGGAAGCUGGGAGUGCAUGGAACAGCCUUAUGGCUUCAAUUGAAGAGGAAAGACGUGGUAAUACAAAUGAAAGUUUAAAUAGCAGAGCAAAAGAGAAACAGUGUCCUCAUUUUCUUAACAAAGUGAAUGCCUCAGGGUUUGAGAGUAGUGGUUUUAAGUUGCGGCUUCCUUGUGGUCUGACUCAGGGUUCAUCCAUAACAAUUAUAGGCAUUCCAAAUGGUCUUCUUGGCAAUUUUCGGAUUGACUUAACAGGGGAAGCACUUCCUGGGGAGCCUGAUCCACCCAUCAUUUUACAUUACAAUGUUAGGCUUCAUGGUGAUAAGAUAACUGAGGAUCCAGUUAUAGUUCAAAACACCUGGACUAUAGCUCAUGAUUGGGGUGAAGAGGAGCGUUGCCCAUCUCCUACUCCUGAAAAGAAUAAGAAAGUGGACGAGUUGGAUCAGUGUAACAAGAUAGUGGGUAGAAAUUAUACUCAGCCUAGCACACAUUCAGAAGGUUCAAGGAGGUCUUCAAUGGUUCUGGAGGGAUCUAAAAGAAGAUAUUUUCCCUUUAAGCAAGGUUAUUUGUCUGUUGCAACCCUUAGAAUAGGGUCAGAGUUCCAGAUGACAGUUGAUGGAAAACACAUAACAUCUUUCGCAUAUCGCGAAACCUUGGAACCAUGGCUGGUCAGUGACGUUAGGAUAUCUGGAGACUUGAACCUAAUUUCUGUCGUGGCGAGUGGUCUGCCUACAUCAGAGGAUUCAGAACAUACAAUUGAUCUAGAAACACUCAAAUCAGCUCCUCUCUCUACCGAAAAAUCACCUAAUCUCUUUAUUGGUGUUUUCUCCACUGCGAACAACUUUAAACGCAGGAUGGCUGUUCGAAGAACAUGGAUGCAGUAUGAUGCAGUUCGGUCAGGAACUGCAGCAGUGCGCUUUUUUGUUGGAUUGCACAAAAAUCAAUUAGUUAAUGAGGAACUUUGGAAUGAAGCACGAACAUAUGGAGACAUACAGAUUAUGCCUUUUGUUGACUAUUACAACCUCAUCACAUGGAAAACGUUAGCCAUCUGCAUCUUUGGGACAGAGGUUGCAUCGGCAAAUUAUGUCAUGAAGACAGAUGAUGAUGCAUUUGUUCGAGUAGAUGAAGUGCUAGAAUCUUUAAAGAGGAUCAAAGUGAGUAAUGGCUUGCUCUAUGGACUCAUUAACUCAGACUCCCAACCUCAUCGGAGUACCGAAAGCAAAUGGUAUAUUAGCCUUGAGGAAUGGCCUGAAGAGAAAUACCCUCCCUGGGCACAUGGUCCUGGUUAUGUGGUGUCUCUAGACAUAGCGAAAGAAGUUUACAGGAGACAUAAAGAAGGUGUUUUGAAGAUUUUUAAGCUAGAAGAUGUGGCAAUGGGCAUCUGGAUAGACCAGAUGAAAAAGGAGGGUUUAGAAGUUAGGUACGAGAACAAUGAAAGAAUCUAUAAUGAAGGGUGCAAGGAUGGUUAUAUUGUUGCCCACUACCAAGGUCCCAGGGAGAUGCUUUGUCUAUGGCAGAAACUUCAAGAAGGAAAGAGUGCUAGAUGUUGCGGUGAUCGAUAAACAUACAUAAAUAUAUACAUACACACACAUAUAUUAUCAUUCAUAGUAGAGUUUCUUAGCGCGUCGCAAAACCUCAUGCCCGAAGAGACUAAUCUUCUUAACCAGCUUUUUAGGAUUUCUCUGACGAGGGUUGAGCAUAUACAUACGAGAGAAGGAAUAGCAGCCGGGCUUGUUACUUGCUACAUCAUAGUUUGUGUGACCAAUGUAUAAUUAUGAUUUAGGAGCAAGGUGAUCACAUCUCAGUGACUACAUUGUAAAGAAUCUUAUCUGGUAAUAGGCUAUAUUAGGAUCAAUUUUUUCUCAA